AAAUUCGAAAGGAUAAGAUUAUACCCAAAAAAAACACUCUCACUCCUUCUCCUGCUCCUCUUUUGAAUUUCGUACCAAAAAUUGUAAAUCUGAUUAGACUAGCUUCAAUCAACCAUGGGAUUAGCUUCAGUAAUCCACCCCGCCAUGCCUAGGGUUUCGCUCCCUCCCAAAUGGACUCGUCUUCAACUUAGCCACCACCAUAUUCUCACCAUUUCUACACCUACAGUGGGUCAUAAUUGUCGCCGAGCCGAAUAUUUUCCAAUUUCUUGCUCCAGAGGAACCGAGCAGGAGGAUAAUUUAUCUACCUCAGAAAGCAAGAGAAUCAGUUCUCAAUCAUAUGAUGACAUUGUCAACACAGAGACAUCUGACACUUCCUCUUCGGCCAGUCAUUUAGAAACAACUGAGGCGCAUGAGUAUACCUCCUCUGUUAGAACUGUUGCCUUGUGUGUGUGCACUGCAGUGGCAUUUGGCAUUGGUUUGGGUUUGAAAGAUGGAGUUGGCAAGGCCACUGAGUUUUUUGCUGGGUAUAUAUUGGAACAAAGUUUGUCAGUGGACAAUCUGUUUGUCUUUGUUUUGAUAUUCAAGUACUUUAAAGUGCCAAUUAUGUAUCAGAAUCGGGUACUUUCAUAUGGUAUUGCUGGUGCUGUGGUCUUUCGUUUGACGUUGAUACUCCUUGGAGCGGCCACCCUUCAGAGAUUCGAGGCAGUGAACCUACUACUGGCUUCAAUUCUCCUAUACUCCUCAUUUAAGCUAUUUACCAGUGAAGAAGAUGAUACUGACCUAUCCAACAACUUUGUGGUGAAGACAUGCCAAAGAUUUAUCCCUGUCACAGCUAGUUAUGAUGGCAAUCGUUUUAUAACAAGUCAGGGUGGUGUCUGGAAAGCCACUCCUUUACUUCUCACGGUAGCAGUUAUUGAGCUCAGUGACAUAGCAUUUGCAGUUGACUCAAUACCUGCAGUCUUUGGUGUAACACGGGAUCCUUUCAUAGUUUUUACUUCUAAUCUCUUUGCGAUCUUAGGUUUGAGAUCGCUUUACACUCUGAUUUCUGAGGGUAUGUCAGACUUGGAGUAUUUACAGCCGGCAAUUGGCAUCGUACUGGGCUUUAUUGGAUGUAAGAUGAUCUUGGAUUUUUUUGGAUUCCAUGUCUCAACUGAAGCAUCUCUUGGUGUUGUAGCUACUUGUCUUAGUGGUGGGGUGCUAUUAAGUCUGGUGAAUAAGUCUGAUUAGCUAAAGAAGCAAUUGAUCAAAUAGCAUGUGAAAAAUCUGUAUUAUAUAUAUAUAUAUAUAUAUUUUAAGUAGUGCCACCAAGAAAUUACAUUGUUGCCUUCUCUCCUUCAGUUUCAAUUAUUAGAAUAAUGGCAAACAAUGACCCGAAUUAAUAAUGUGUUGGUGGUGAAAAAUUAAGAAGCAAAUUUUAAUUUCUGGCUUAA